CGAAGCCGCAACCGACCUUAUCGGGAAGAAAAUGCAUCCAACCAUGGCUGCCCUUCGGAUUGAUUCCUCUGAAAUACUCCCUGAAGAAGUGACAGAGCUUGCAGCUACGAGCAAUCACCGGGUAGAUGUUCUGGAACAAUCGAAGAGAAACAUUGACUCCAUGCCUGCUGAAGCAAUUUCAGAAGCAGCCAGCCCUCUAGAGGUGUUCGUUAAGGGUAACAAAUCCUCGGAGCAGUUUGAGAAGGGCCUUGCUGAUACUGCGUUGAAUGGUUCUAUCGACGGCAAUGACCGAAUCAAUGAGCUCAAAAAUGAGAUCCACCCUUUACUAGGCCGAGAUCGGUGGUCGGAUAGUGGCUUUUCGAAAAUUACCGCUGACAAGUGGGAGCAGCUCGAGCCAAGUGUUACACUCAAUCAAGGUUCGAACAUUACUACAGCUAAGAUUAGGAAAGAUUCAAGCACUGAGAGCAGCUAUUUGGACAUGACAUCCUCGGUUUCCGCCACAGAUGAUGUUGUGGAUCGAAUUUUGGACAAGAUAACUGAAAUGAUCAAGUCUAAGUUCAAACACUUAGAACAUGGUCACCCUGCAAAGUUCAGCAUCUAA